AUGGUGAAUUGGAUUCUCGGAGACAAGUUCGACACGGUCUACCCUCACCAGGGUUCGAUCAAGGCUUUGUGGGAAAAGAAGUGGAAAUUCCCUUGCACCAAGUCCAUCUACCCGUUCCACGAUGGGUCCGUGGAGGAUUUCGAACCCAUCUUCGAAAAGCUGAUUGCCGACAACGUCAAUGAUGCUAGCACGGAUGCAUACACCGAGGCAUUCCUGCCCACGGCAACAGCUUUGGAGAACAAGGCGGCCGAAGCUGAGAAAAACGGCAACUUCGAUCUCGCAUCGGAUCUCUACCGCCGCGCAGCAGUGGUCCUGCGCAUCUCGCGUUUCCCAUACGUCAGCCCAUCCACUCGGCCAGAGACAUCCAUCAAGCGCGCUGCUUUCAACCGCCAGAAGGAGAUCUACAUGAAGGCCACGGCUCUGUGGAAGCCAAUCAUGACCGAGGUGGUGAUCCCUCACGCCCACCGUUCCGGCCGUGACGGCACUGAGAUCUCGAUGUACGUUCGCUUGCCCGAGGAAGCCAGCGCCGACAACCGUGUGCCGGUCGUGCUUCUCAUGACGGGUCUUGAUGGAUACCGCCCUGACAACAGUCAGCGCUCGCAUGAGAUCAUCAGCCGUGGCUGGGCGACGGUUAUCGUGGAGAUCCCCGGUACCGCGGACUCGCCUGCGGACCCUGCGGACCCGCAGUCGCCUGAUAGACUGUGGUCAAGCGUUCUUGACUGGAUGGCCCAGAAACCCGAGUUUGACAUGACACGUGUCGCAGCUUGGGGUUUGAGUGCUGGUGGCUUCUAUGCCAUUCGGGCGUCUUGUGUCCACCGUAAUCGUCUCCUUGGAGCGGUUGCCCACGGCCCUGGAUCGCACUAUGUCUUCAGCCCUGAGUGGUUGGCCAAGGCCAAUGACCACGAGUAUCCCUUUGAGCUCACUACUGCCAUGGCCGAGAAGUAUGGCUACGACAAUGUCGAGGACUUUGUCCAAAACGCGCAGAAGAAGUUCUCGCUGAUUGAGACUGGCAUUGUCCAACAGGACAACUGUCGUUUGCUUUUGCUGAACGGCGUUGAUGAUGGUGUUGUCCCAAUCGAAGACUCGAUGGUCUUGAUGAACCACGGAGGUCCCAAGGAGGGACGAUUCUUUGAGAACAGGGUGCACAUGGGUUACCCAGACACUCUGCCGGUGGCCUACAAGUGGUUGGAGAGUGUUUUGUCCCCUGACAUGCCACGGGUCAAGAACUAG